AUGGCUGCAAAACCCCUCUGCAGAGUGGAGCAAACUGCAGUGAGGCCCAGCUCGGGCAGGCUCCUGGCAUGGAGCUCACCGGCCUUCAGGCUACACGGGUGCCCCCUGCACCGCACUGUCUUGCUGCUGCUGCUCCUGUGCCCCAAGCUGCCCAGAGGUCAUAACCUGAAGCCAUCCUUGCCCCCCAUUGUGACAGACCGGCCCUUUCUGGUGGCCUGGAAUGCUCCAACGGCUCGGUGCUGGACUUCCUAUGAGGUGCCCCUCAGUGUGGCCUCCUUCAGCCUCCUGGCGAACGCGCAGGAAGACUUCACAGGCGGGAACAUCACCAUCUUCUACUACGAUCAGCUGGGUCUGUACCCCUACUACCUGAACAAAACCACGCCGCCCGUAGCCAUCAACGGCGGCUGCCCACAGAAUGCCAGCCUGCUGGACCACCUGGACAAGAUGACCAGCGACAUCGCCACCGCCAUGCCCUCAGCUUCCUUCGCUGGCCUGUCCGUGAUCGAUUGGGAGAACUGGAGGCCCCAGUGGAUCCGGAACUGGGACAAGAAGAACGUCUACCGGACCAUGUCCGCCCGGCUGGUGAGGCAAAGGAACCCACACUGGCCCGAUGAGCAGGUGGAGCUGGAGGCCAAGUGGGAGUUCGAGACGGCUGCGGCCAGGUUCAUGGUGGAGACCCUCAAGCUGGCACAGUUGCUGCGCCCUGGGGGCUGGUGGGGCUACUACCUCUUCCCUGAAUGCUACAACUAUCAUUACUGGGAUGACUUUGAGAACUUCACUGGGGGCUGCCCCCAGGUGGAGGUGCAGCGCAACAACAAGCUGCUGUGGCUGUGGGAGCAGAGCAAGGCGCUCUACCCCUCCAUCUACAUGGAGGAGGUGCUGAGAGCCUCCCCGCAGGGCAAGAAGUUUGUGCAGGCCAAGCUAAGCGAAGCUCUGCGCGUGGCUCAGCUGCCCUCCGUCAACCACUCCCUGCCUGUCUUCGCGUAUGCCCGGCCCUUCUACAGCUACACCCUGAAGGAGCUAACCCAGACAGACCUAGUGCACACGAUCGGGCAGGCAGCAGCCAUGGGGGCUCACGGCAUCGUUCUCUGGGGAGGUGUGGAAUAUUCUCGCAACCGGCCCAACUGUGUAAAGAUCCAGAAAUACCUGACUGGCACCUUAGGCCCUUACAUCAUCAACGUGACCACGGCAACCAAACUCUGCAGCCAGUUUGUCUGCAACAACCAUGGCCGCUGCCUUCGCAGAAAGAUGGAUUUGGACAGCUACCUGCACCUGGACGCGAGCUCCUUCCAGAUCCGAGUGGACAAAGCCGCCCAUGGACCACGCGUGUCCGUGAAAGGAGCCCUCACCACCCAGCAGAGGGACAGGAUGAGACAAGAGUUCACAUGUCACUGCUACCAGGGCUGGAGGGGGGAACACUGCCAUUCCCGGGGUCACAGCAACCAGCUCUGGGCAUGGGACUUGUGCAUCCCCAUGGUGGCGAUGUCUGCAAUAUGGACGUGGGGCAUGUGA